UGGAAAGAUGUGUUUUUACCAGUGGCCAGAAAAUGUAUUUCCAAUGUAUCAAGUAACAGUCACUGGUGAGAAUAAAGCCUGUUUGAGAAUUGUACAGUUACAGAGCAUUCAUCCCUUAGAUGAAUGUGUUGCUGUACUACUUAAGUAAACGGUUGAAUAAAUUGGAUAUAGAAGAGUUUGACCUAGUCGUUACAUAUUAUCAUAUUAGAUCUAUUAGUAGAUCUACCAUCCAGUUACACAAGUGGACUCUUAAUCGAACUCAUAGACCCUUAGGGGUUCGGACUAUUAUUAUUAUUAUUAAUAUAGCACCGAUAAAGCAAAUUAAUACCAGGAAAUAUUGCAUUUUUAACAAAGCUUUAUAUUAAAAAGAAAUCAUCAUCAUUAUAAGAAAAUAUCUUAUUUGCCUAUUCAGUUAACUGAGUAAAAUUUUACCAUACCCAAUUACCUGCUUAUAACUGUAAAAGUGACAAUCACAGUCGUCAAAAGCUAUCAAUUAAGACUUUAUCUUAAUUAAUCCAUCUAUUGUGCACUGUAAGAACAUCAUCUAACCACUGACCAUGGAGCUUUGUAUGCAAAUGCUUGCUGAGAGGUGUUAACAAUUCAGUGUUAAUUGGUCAUGUCCAUCAGGUGAAAAAUACCUGUUUUAUCGCGUUCAAAUAGAGCCAAAACUUCAUUUUACAAAAAUGAACAGCCUUGAUCAGUUCGAUAUUCCACAAAAUGUAUUUGACAAAAAUGAGACGUUUAAGGCAAUGUGCCGUCACUGUUCAUCUGUUAUAUCAGGAAGCUACCGGACAACAUCAAACUUCGUCACACACUUGAAGUUUCAGGUUUCCAGUAGAAGACACCUCUCAUCAAAGGUUAUUCAUGAAAAAGCUAGGCUUAUAAGUAAUACCGUGAAGUCACAACAAAAGCGAGCUGAAAACAUUUGUUUGACUAUUGACCUUUGGUCCAAUAGAUCUAUGAAAGGAUUUCUAGGAAUAACUGCACAUUAUAUACUGGACUGGGAAAUGAAGUCUGCUAUGAUUGCGUGUAAACGAUUCAAAGGAAAACACACCGCUGAAAACAAUCUUCACGAGUAUGAAGACACUAUUUCAAGUUUUGACAUAAAUGAUAAGAUAUUUUGUGUAAUAAAUGAUAAUGCCUCUAACAUGAUAAAGGCCUUCAAAUGUGCAGUUCCUGGAUUCUCCUCCCCUAGACAGGGCAGCAAAGAUGAGGAGUGUGAUGAUGAUGAUGAUGAUGAUGAUGAUGAAUCUUGCGAAGACAGCGAUUCUUAUCAUGACUCAUGCCACGAACGCGAGGUUGUAUCAAGCAAGGCAAGUCUGCUUAAAAACAUUGAAUCAACAUUUCCUUAACAUGAGAGAUGUUAUGCACACAGCUUACAGCUUGUCACCAACGAUGGAUUAGAUGAAUGUGGUGCCAACUUAAAAAAAGGUCAUAGCAAAGGUCUCAAAGAUUGUUGCACAUGUAAGGAAAUCUAUUCGCCUCAGAAAUUCUGGAAGAUGAAAAGCGCUUACAAGUAGCUAAUGCAAACUGAUGGAAUAGUCAGUUGACAAUGAUCCGUUCAGUAAUGGCUGUUCCUGAAGAAAAGCUUUGCGAGCUUGGCCUAGCUAUACAGUUUUCUGCUUAUGACAGAAAGAUCUUAAAUGAACUUAGCAGCAUCCUGGAACCUUUUGAAAAAGCAACCAUUAUGUUACAAACAGAGAGGACUGCUAGUGCCAGUAUGACCAUACCUGUCACAUUGGGUCUAAAGCAACAUCUGAACAGUGUCCAGCAUGAUUACAGUAACAAAUUUGUCACAACGCUUCAAUCGUCAAUCGAAAAAAGGAUGUCACAUUAGUCGUGGAGGAAAUUAAAUCACUUGAUACUUUUAAACUCUGUUUCCUACAUUUUUCAGCAAUAUGCCUUAUUCAGAGAAAAAAAUGAUCUUGCACAAAAUUUGUUUUAGUUACAUCUAUUAAUUGUCAAAAUCUGUUUCUUUGAAGAAGGCAUAUUGCCGUAAAAAAUAAGAAAUAGAGUUAUAAGACUGCAUAGAAAAGCGGGGUGAUAUGUUUAAAGGCCGUCUUAAACAGGGUAAGUGGAAGUCUGUGUCUUCUCUUGUCUUCUGUUUAAUAUGGCAAUUCUAAGUAAUUCUUAGUCAGAAGUUUGUCAGUUGGUGAAACUCAAAAACCCGCAGCCAGAUGGACAUGGAACGGACAUAAAGAAGCAAUGAAAACAACACUAAAUGUUAUAAUUUAUACAUUAUAAAUAAAUAACCACAUGACAUGACAUGACAUAUAUAAUAACUAUAAUACUAUAUUAUUUGAAAUAAUGUCACAUUUUAGAAAUGCGAAUAAUUCAUACAAUUCAAUUGCAUAGCAUAGCAAUCAAAUUAUAACAGUUACAUAUACACAAGUAUAGACAUUUCAGUAAUUUUAUGUAAAUUAUUUGUUACACAUUGUAUGUAAGUACACUGUGUUUGGGAAGGGCCGACUUAUUAUGUUUGUAGAACUUUUGACCCUAAUUGUAUGUUCACAUUUCACAUGUAUGUAUAUGCAAAAAAACAUGCAUAAACUAAAAUAAAAAAUAGCACUGCAUUUCCCCUCAAUAAGAUCUAUCUGUAUAUGAAGUCAAUAGCUUUUAUACUUUGGAAAUUAUGCUCCGAACAAGAUUUGUUACGCACGAACGGACGGACGGCCAACCAGACGGACGGACAAGGU